AUGCUGGCACGAUGCUGGAGAGAUGCGCCGAACAACUUCAAGAGAGCUUCGAGACCGCUACGGCUUGCGCCAUGGAGGCGGUACAGCUCGUCAACUCCUGCGAAUCAACCAAAGUCUCCUGAUUCCCAAAAGCACUCUCCGAAAUCAAACAAUCGACGCGUCGCUAUAGGAGUCGCACUAGGAACUGGUCUAUACGCUAUCUGGCAGAUAUACCUAUACUCGCAGAAACGCGACUCGUUCGCCGCGUACACGCUCAUUGCAAAGGAGCCUGUCUCUUCCACCGCAAGCAUAUUUCACCUGGUACCAAAGCAAGAAGACCACAAUUACGAGAUUUAUAAAGAUGCUUGGAGAAGAGGUAUAUGGAACGUUCAAUUCAAGCAGCCGCAGCUUCAGAUCGUCAGGGCGUACACACCAUUACCGCCGAUUGACGAAAAGACUGCAGAAGAGAAGGGAGAAAUUCGGUUCUUGAUACGAAAGGAUCCACAUGGUGAGGUCUCAAGUUAUCUGCACAGGCUGGGCAUUGGUGCCGACAUUGAAAUGCGAGGGCCCAACUUAGAGUACGAACUGACUCCAGAAGUGCGACAAGUGGUUUUCUUCGCAGGAGGGACGGGUAUUGCGCCUGCUCUGCAGGUGGCACACGCAUUAUUUGAAGGCAGCCCGACUGCAGAGCGUAACGAAGCGAACAGAGACCGAAAGCUGCAUAUCUUAUGGGCAAACAGAAUGCGCGAAGACUGCCUAGGCGGCAUCAGCGAUGACCCCCCUGCGGAAUCGAUGCCUCCCAAGCCAACCUGGUCUGGCUUCUUUUCAAAGCCGAAACGGAAGCCAUCGCCUCCAGUUUCCGAGAAGAAAGGUGUCAUCGUGCAAGAACUCGAGGCUUUGAAGCAAAGGUAUCCGGGUCAGAUAACGGUGGAAUACUUUGUCAACGCCGAGGAUACAUGGAUUGAUGAAGACGCCGUUUUUCGAGCACUGUCCAGGUUUGAUGACAAGGACUUCUCGAGAGGAUACGCGACGUCUCAAGAACAGAGGCAAAUUCUCAUUUCUGGUCCGCCGGGCUUUAUUGCCUAUCUUGCUGGCCCCAAAGAAUGGAGAAAUGGGAGGGAAGAACAAGGCGCCGUCAGCAAGUUGAUCGCACAUGCCAUCUCCAAAAACCCCCACAACGUCAAGGUGUGGAAGAUAUAA